AUGGAACCACAAAACCACACGGAAGUAUCAGAAUUUCUCCUCUUGGGUCUCUCAGAAGAUUCUGAAUUACAACUCCUUCUCUUUGGACUGUUCCUGUCCAUGUACCUGGUCACAGUGGUCGGGAACCUGCUCAUCAUCCUGGUCAUCAUCUCUGACGCCCAUCUCCACACCCCCAUGUACUUCUUCCUCUCCAACCUGUCCUUUGUUGACAUUUGUUUUAUAUCCACCACCAUCCCAAAGAUGCUGGUGAACAUCGAUGCACACAGUAAAGACAUAUCCUACACAGGGUGCAUCACUCAGGUGUAUUUUUUUACGGUUUUUAUUGGACUGGAUAAUUUCCUCCUGACCGUGAUGGCCUAUGACCGGUUUGUGGCCAUCUGCCACCCCCUGCACUACACAGUCAUCAUGAACCCCUGCCUCUGUGCUCUGCUGGUUCUGAUGUCUUGGUUCAUCAUGUCCCUGGUUGUCCUGGUUCACGUCCUACUGAUAAGGAGGCUGACAUUCCCCAGGGCCACAGAAAUCCCACAUUUCUUCUGUGAGUUGGCUCAGAUUCUAAAAGUAGCCCCCUCUGAUAACUUCAUCAAUAACAUCUACUUGUACAUGUCAACUGUGUUGCUGGGUGUGUUUCCCAUCACAGGGAUUCUUUACUCCUACUCUAAAAUUGUCUCCUCCUUAAUGAACAUGUCCUCCACUGCAAGGAAGAAUAAAGCAUUUUCCACCUGUGGGUCUCACCUCUGUGUGGUCUGCUUGUUCUAUGGAACAGGACUUGGGGUCUACCUCAGUUCUGCUGUGACCCCUUCUUCCCAGAGCAGCGCCAUUGCCUCACUGAUGUACGCAGUGGUCACCCCCAUGCUGAACCCAUUCAUCUACAGCCUGAGGAACAAGGACGUGAAGGGGGCCCUGGGAAGACUGCUCAGCACGGCAGCCUCUUGCCUGUGA